AUGUCACAAACGGAAUACGACGCCUACCUCGCGCGCAAAGCGUCCGACAAGAAAAAGGCAGAGGACGGGAGGCAGCAAGAGAAGUUUGAUAAAACCUAUGCGAGCGAGAUGAAGAAGCGGUAUGGCGCGAAAGCGGAUCCGGGGACGGUGGCAGAGAUGGUGGAUACGAAUGAGCUGGGGGAGGAGUGGUUCAAGGAGGGAGAGUGGAAACCUGCUUGGAGUAAUGUCGAGUUUGAUGGAGACGCUUGCUUGAAGAACGUGACCAAAGCGGGUAAGACGAAAGAUGGAUUUUAUGCUCCAGCGGGAACCAUCGUCCCGCUUGGUGCGGCCUUCCCACACAUGACAGUACUCAAGUAUGGCGGCUACUUUCCAGCUGGGACAUCCUUCCCCGGCGGCGUCAUGGUCCCGAUGCACGCGCGGAUGGUCAAUGUUCUUCCGCAGGAGACGUUCGUGCCCGGUGCGAUGCCCGAGGAGAGCUUGUGUCUGGUUCAGUAG